AUGAAUGUAGCUAUUUGCAAAAUUCAACUUAAUAAAGAAAGGGAAAGAAAUGAGCAGCUUGAAAAAAAGUUAUCUAAAUAUAGAAAAAAGAAUACAGCCAAAACAAGUGAAAUUGAGUUGCUUAAAGAAGAAAUAGCUCACUUAAACAGUAUAAUAAAUGACAAUAAAAAAAACGAGAAAGACCUCAAAGACAGUAAUGAAGAAUUGAUAAAUUCUCAAAGAAUUAAGAUUACUCAAGAUCUUAUCAAAAAUAACGAAGCAGAAAAAGCCCAAAAGAUCCAAGAGCUAAGAGAGAAAAGAUUUGAAAUUUGAAAUAGAUCAAAUGGCCAAGACUUAGAGCAAGAUUUUAGGAGAACCUGCUCAAAGUACAGUAGCGAUAUCUAUGCUGAUGAGCAAGCUUAUCAAGAUUAUACUAAUGCUUAUCGCCAGAAAACAUCUCUUUAUACAAUUGAUAAUGAUUUAAACAGAACUAAUUUGAUUAUUUAUGAUACAGAAAAUGAUAGUAGGGAAGUCAGGAUAGUUGAUACUCAUGAAUCUCUGGAUUUAGGCACUUGCAUUGCUCAGCUUCCUAAUGGUAAUUUAUUUUGCUUUGGUAAAGACUCACCAAUAAUUUCUGGGACUACAUUGAUAAUUGAUGAGAAUUAUAGAGCUCGGGAGCUGCCAUCUGGAACUCAUUGCUAUUCAUCAUCAGCUAUCUAUUUCAAUAAUAGUGUUUAUUGCUUUGGGGGAAUUAAUAAUAAGGGUUCUAUAACUCUAUCAGAGAGAUUUGAUUUAAAUAAAAACAGAUGAACUAAAUUAAAGUCACUACCACAAGCUGAUCACGGUUGCAAGAGUGUAAUGUUUAAUGGGAAUAUUGUGAUUUCUGGAUAUAAUAAACAUCUUUUGAGGUACUCAAUUGGUAAGAACACUUUCGCAAAAAUUCCUUAUGAUUUUAAAGAAUUUAAACAAAAGAUUCUUUUAAGUGCAGAGAGAUUGUAUUUAAUUGAAUGCCAAAAUGGAUCAAUCUAUGAAAGUGAAUUGUCAAGUGACACUGCCUGGAGGCCAAUUGGAGACUCAAUAAUAAAUUCUUUUCAUCAAAUUUAUGUGUCAUAUAAUAAAGGAGGAAUAAACAUAGCUGUUUAUAUCCUGUAACGAAAUUUUGAAAUAAUUGGUUUGGCAUUAAUCGGUUUUUAAUUAUAUAAAUUGGAAUUCUUGACUUUAUAAGUAGACAUUUGCUUUUAAAAACCCGAUUACUGCUGGCUAGACAAAUCUGAGCUUCGCUCGAAAGUGUAAUAGACUAUAUUGCACUCAUUUAUAGUGUAGUUACUCCCCUCUUUAAAUCGGAACAAGAGAUCCGUAAAAUAUAAAUUAGCCCUCCUUUCUAUUUGAACAAAAUUUUAUAAGUAAAAAUAGCAAUUUAUAUAUAAAUAGUUUAAUACUCAAUUUAAUGCCACCAAAAUCGAAUUUUAACGAUAAAAUAAUUCUAUUUUAAAUGGAGAAGGGAAACAGAAUACUAUUAAGCAAAUAGAACUUUGAAAAAAGACAAAUUUUAUAAAAAUAUGUUAUUUUAUAAAAGUUUAUAUAAAAUUUUUAACUAUUAUAAAAUCUAUUUCUUUAUAAAUAUUUAAACACUCCUUGAAUUGGAAUUUUUAUGCAAGUGGGAGUUUAUUAGUUACUUCAAGUUCAAUUUAGAGGGAAAAAUAUUAACCAAGCUGGAUGAAAUUCAUAGGUAA